AGAACAUAUAUCCCAAUUCAAUACCCUAAUCAUUCAUUGACUGAAAAUUAAUUAACUAAGUCUUCUGAAUCAAACAAACAAUAUCUUGUUAUAAGAAGCCCUUCAAAUGAAUUCAUUAAUCAUCACUUAAAACUCAGAACUCUUCUUCUUUCAAAAUGUUCCAGCAAGUAAAAAUUUCAAUUCAUACAUUACUAGUACUAUUGGCAAUCCUGUUAGUUUCAUCUUACAGUGUUGCGUAUAGUUCUUCUUUUUCUUCGACACUUUCGUCAAGUAGUAGUAGACAAGAAGUGGAUGCUCUUUUGGAAUGGAAAUCUACCCUUGUAACCCAAAAUCUUUCCAUCAUCUCUUCUUGGAAGAUGAAUUCUACUGUGAACACGACGACUCCAUGCAAAUGGUAUGGAAUCCAUUGUAACAACAAGGGAAGCGUUGUUGAACUGAAUGCAGCAGAUUUGGGUUUACAAGGUACGUUACAUAGUUUCAACUUCUCAUCUUUCCCCAACUUUGUUAGUCUUAACUUGAGCCUGAACCUACUCUUCGGCGCCAUUCCGUCCCAAAUUAGCAAUCUUCUAAAACUCACACGCCUAGAUCUUUCUUUCAAUGAAUUCAAUGGACGUAUUCCACCAGAAAUAGGAUCUCUCACAAAUCUGCGUUUGUUAGACCUUUCUGAAAAUCAAAUUACUGGAUCCAUCCCCAAAGAAAUAGGCAAUUUAUAUUUUCUCACUUAUCUAAGGUUGUACAAGAACAAUCUGACCGGUUUAUUGCCUAUUUCUAUAUGCAAUCUGACUAAAUUGACUAGAUUAUCAAUCUAUACAAAUCAAAUCUCAGGUAUCAUUCCUCGAGAUAUCGGAAGGAUGAGUUUUCUAAACUUCUUUGAUUUGUCCGACAAUAAUCUCAGUGGUUCACUACCCACUUCUUUAAUCAAUCUGACUAGGUUGCAAAGUCUUUCCCUUUUCCAAAAUAACCUUUCCGGCAUCAUACCUCGAGAUAUAGGAAGGCUACACUCUCUUACUAGCUUAGCUUUGCACCGAAACAGUCUUAGUGGUUCAAUACCCGCUUCUUUAACGGAUUUGACUAGCUUAAAAGAACUUUACCUUUCGGAUAACCAACUCUUCGGAAUCAUUCCUCGGGAUAUAGGAAGGCUACACUCUCUCACCAUCUUUGAUUUGGCCACAAACAAACUCAUGGGUCCAAUCCCUACUUCAAUAUGCAAUUUAACCAGCUUGACCUCUUUAUCAUUUUUCGAUAAUGACCUUUCUGGCAUCAUACCUCGAGAUAUAGGAAGGCUAAAGUCUCUUGUUAUCUUUUAUUUGUCCAAAAACAAUCUCAGUGGUUUAGUCCCUGCUUCUUUAACCAAUUUGACUAGCCUGGAGAGUGUAAUCCUUUCAGAAAACCAACUCUCUGGUUUCAUUCCUAAAGAUAUAGGAAGGCUAGUCUCUCUUACAAGCUUAUAUUUGAACAUGAAUAACCUUUCUGGUUCUAUCCCUGCUUCUGUUGGUAACUUGAAAAAGUUGAAUAUUUUAUAUCUUUUUGGAAAUCAACUAACUGGCUCAUUACCAAUAGGAUUCCAGAACCUAACACAGUUAAAAGGGUUAAGUUUGAUGAAAAACAAGUUUUCUGGUUUUUUACCCCAAAACGUUUGUCAAAGCGGAACACUAGAACAGUUUUUGGUAGGAAAAAACCAUUUCACGGGUCCUUUACCAAGAAGCCUCAGAUAUUGCACCAGCCUUAGAAUGAUCGGGGUUGAAGAUAAUGAACUGGUUGAUAAUGUAACAGAGGCAUUUCACGUAUAUCCAUAUCUGGAGAGAUUUGUUGUGAGUCAUAAUAUGUUGUAUGGUGAACUCUCAAAAGACUGGGGGGAUUCUCCAAAUUUAACAAUGCUCUCUUUCUCUGGGAACAAAAUCACAGGUAGAAUACCAUCUGAAAUGGGCAAGUUGAAGAUUUUAAGCGAACUUUAUCUGGAUUCAAAUAAUUUUGUAGGGGAAAUUCCAAAUGAGUUGUUGAACUUGUCUUCAUUAAGCGUGUUACAUUUGAGGAAUAACCAGCUUUCUGGUAGGUUGUCUUCGCAAAUCGGAAUGUUAUCCAACCUGCAAUAUCUCGACUUGUCAAAUAAUAAGCUCAUCGGAUCAAUACCCAAACAAUUAGGGGAGUGUUUAAACUUACUGUCGUUGAAUUUUAGCACAAACAAUUUUAACGAUAGCAUCCCACCCGAAAUCGGAAACUUGGAGUCCUUGCAGAUUUUGUUAGAUCUUAGUUAUAAUGGGUUGAGUGGAGAGAUACCUACAGCUUUCCGAAAACUAAGCAAACUGCAAACAUUAAAUUUGUCCCACAACAGGCUUUCCGGCUCAAUUCCAUCUUCAUUUGAUGAAAUGCUCAGCUUGAAUAUUGUCGAUAUUUCGUAUAACGAAUUGAGUGGUCCACUUCCAAACACCAAGGCCUUUCAAGAUGCUCCUGUCGAUGCAUUGAAGAACAACCAAGGGUUAUGUGGUAAUAAUUCCCGAGGAUUAAAACCAUGUAAUUAUUCCUCGGUUGUUAUCCAAAGAAAAGAAACCAAGCAUAAUACACUUGUGCUGAUAAUCCUACUUCCUUUGUUCGGUUCGUUGUUUAUUUUAUUCAUACUCUUCGCCAUUUUAUUUCGUCUUCGAAAAAUAUGGGCAGGAAAUGUCGAUCCUGGAAAUCAACCUACUGCUACUAAUACCAGAAGAAAUCUGUUUUCCGUUUGGAAUUACGAUGGGAAAAUAGUGUUUGAAGACAUAAUUGAAGCAACCGAGAAUUUCGAUACUAAAUACUGCAUUGGAACGGGAGGAUAUGGGAGCGUUUAUAAAGCAGAGCUGUCAACAGGUCAAAUUGUUGCCGUGAAGAAACUUCACUCGUCAGAUGAAGAUUCUGAGAUACUUGAUCUCAAGUCAUUUGAAAGGGAAGUUCACGCAUUGACAGAAAUCCGACACCGAAACAUUGUGAAACUUUUUGGUUUCUGUUCAAAUAUAGAAAGGAGGAUCUCAUUUUUGGUUUAUGAGUUUGUGGAAAGGGGAAGUUUGAAGAAUGUUCUAUGUGAUGGGGAACGAGCAAUGGGGUUCGAUUGGAUAAAGAGGGUGAGAUUCAUCAAAGGAACAGCUACUGCACUUGCUUACAUGCACCAUGAUUGCAUUCCACCAAUAGUUCACAGGGACAUCUCUAGCAACAAUAUUUUACUGGACUCUGAAUAUGAAGCUCGAGUUUCUGAUUUUGGUACGGCGAGGAUUUUGAAGCCAGAUUCAUCCAAUUGGACUUCACUUGCAGGAACCUAUGGAUAUGUUGCUCCAGAGCUUGCAUAUACAAUGAAGGUGACAGAAAAGUGCGACGUUUAUAGCUUUGGGGUGGUCAUACUAGAAGUACUAAUGGGAGGGCAUCCAUCUGAACUCAUCACAUUAAUCUCGCAGAUUCUUCUGGAAUCUUCAUCUGCGAGUAAUGUGAGGCAAAACACAAAGUUAAGAGACAUUUUGGAUCAGUGCAUUGAAACACCACCAAAUGUUGUUCAGAAGGAAAUUAUGUGUAUUGUGAAAGUUGGAUUUUCAUGUUUACGUGGUGAUCCACUUACUCGUCCGACUAUGGAAGAAAUAUCAGCACAGCUAUCAUCAUCAACUCAAAGCAGCACAUCUUUGCCGAAGUCCUUUGAAACUAUUACUUUAACAGACCUACUCAUGUCAAAAUAGGUUUUUAGUUUGUGUCAUGUCAGUGUUAAAAUUAAACAAAUUUGAUCUUCAUGGUACCAAAUUUGUUUUGUUUAAACAAAACAUUCUAUGGAUAUAGUAAAAUGAUUACAAAGAAUUUCUACGAUUACAGAGAAUUUCUAUUCCUAAAUGUAUGUUAUAGCUCAAAAUCAACAUUGUGAUCAAAAAUCUCUGAUAUAUGACUUUAUAUGAUUUUAACUUGUUUUUUUUUUGA